GUUCAAAGUGCGCGCCAUUUUCACCAGCCUGGCUGCAACCCGGAACAGCCAUGUCACCUGUGUUAUAACGGCAUAUAUCAACGCUGAUGAAGGUACCUCAAGAUGUGCCCGUGAUCUUCAGAUGACCUCCCAUGGCUACCCACAGCAAAAUACGACCCAUGUCAAUGAGGUUGAGGCUGCUACUUCUCGCUUCACUUUUCAUCGUAGUCGUCCUGGCACGGUGGAUUGUGAACAACACCUUCUAUAACUAUCAAAUGAAUAUCAACACUGCCGUCCAGGUAGCUGAGGGCUCUUCGAUACAAGAUUAUUCCCAUCAUUUACAGAUUACAGACGAUGGACAGCCGAGACCACAAAUCGGCGUCUCUCUAAACGUGGUACAUGACGUGGUACUGUUCACCAGCCCGAGGAAGGGAGACAUCCUCAUCUACCGGAUACCUGUUCUUACGUACACUCCUGGAGGAAACCUGGUAGCUGUAGUAGAAGGGAGGAGGAAGUCGGAAGGAGACAUACAUUCAAAAAUCUUUGCCGUGAGAAGAUCGACAGAUGGAGGUGAAACGUGGUCGCCCCCACAGCGGCUUAUGGAUGACAGUUCCACGAUCAGCUCCUACAUUGGAACUGUUUUCGUGGACGACACCACUGCGACCAUCUUCCUGAUGUACGCGUAUUGUGAGUUCUGUCCGCUGAUAUCAAUGAUGCUGAUGAACAGUACAGACGACGGAAUCACGUGGGGCAGGCCGAGAAACAUCACUGACAUGGUGGGGGAAGAUUAUGCCGCAUACCCGGGCCCAGGGUAUGGUAUACAGAAAAAGCAUGACCCAGCCAAGGGCCGGCUGGUUGUGUGCGGACACGGGUUCCACCAUGGUAAAGGCCUGGUGCUGCUGCUGAGUGAUGACCACGGUGUGACGUGGAGACACGGGGCCGUCGUGCCGAGUGUGCCCUUCACUAACGGCACAGCAGGAGACUUCGACCCCGACGAAUGCCAGCCAGUGGAGUUACCUGAUGGGUCCAUAUACGUAGUCGCCCGGAAUGAAAAGGUUUACAAAAAACGACACUGUAAGAUCGUCAUGCGGAGCUUUGAUGGGGGAGAAACGCUGCCACGAAACCACACGUACUUGGACGGAGCGCUCGUAGAACCGAGGAUCGCGUCGGGGCUGUGGUACCACGGUGGUACCAUGUUCUACUCCGGUCCGAAACAUGACUAUAAACGUCAGAACUUACACAUCAGAUGGAGUCACGACGACGGGAAGACGUGGAGCUCCCAGAAACAGAUCUGGGGAGAGUCGGCAGGGUACUCCACACUCAUGAUGCCUCCUCAAGAUACAAGUCACCUCUACAUCAUGUAUGAAAGAGGCACUACAAAUCCAUAUGAUGAAAUCGCUGUUACUAAACUGGAAAUAUCUACUUGGGAAGGAUCGUGAGGCUAUCAUGCAAUAUUAUUACAAUGUCAUUCUAUAGAUUCGUAUUAUCUGAAUGUGAAGAGGGCAUUGAUAUGUAUAUGUUUAGAGAAACAAUUAAAGGGUAGUUAACAUAAAUGGCCUGUGUAUGAAAAAAAU